GAGACUACAACCAGUUGAGUAAACAUGGCGUCUGUGUGAGGAUGUAAAAAUAGCAUGUAAGCGCUGCUCUGUGUGCGAUCCGGAGCCUCUGUCCCGGCGGUGCGCUGCGUCCCGGCCGCAGACGUUGUGCGGCAGCGACGCUUGAAAAGGUGGGGAGAGAUGUUUGGCUGAUGCCGCUUCACAUCAGGUGACAUUUCGCCAGUCUGUGCUGCCCUGAAUCAUCCGAUGACUGCCCGGCCAGCUGGAGAGGAACCACGGCACCUGUGAUCGUACUGUCGCAGGAUAAUUGCUUUUGUUUACAGGCAGGCUGACAUAUAAAUCUGGUUCGGUGCUGUGUUGUGCUCUGCCUGCUGAAUGCCAUCGAUGCCGGGCAUAUUGUACCUGCCUGCGCCGACCAGUGUGACAGUAGGAUGAUAAAUGUGACAUUAUUUGUGUCCCUCCCCUGCUCUGCCUCGUCCUGACCGCUGGAUUUUGACGGCUCCUCUGUCGUUUCUCAUGCCUUGUGUGAUCACACCACUAUGAUAGGCUCACCUGACUUGGUGGCUUUCACGAAAGAGGAUGAGUACGGAGAGGCGAGCCCUGACCCCUGGGCUCUCCCUGAGGAGUUCUCCGUCCCUCUCUACCCGCUGGCUGACUCCAACCCCUGGGCCAAGACCUCCUACGCCAAGUUCACCAAAGACUUCAUCCUCAUCUCUGAGUUUUCGGAGCAGGUGGGCCCUCAGCCUCUCCUCACCAUCCCGGAUGACCCCAAGGUCUGUGGCACCUUUGAUCUCAACUACUUCUCCCUGCGCAUCAUGUCGGUGGACUACCAGGCCUCGUUCGUGGGCCACCCGCCCGGCAGCGGAUACCCACGGCUCAGCUUUGUGGAGGACUCGAGGGUUGUGCUUGGUGACUCGAAGGAGGGGGCGUUUGCCUAUGUCCAUCACCUGACGCUUUACGACCUGGAGGCCAGGGGCUUCGUGCGACCUUUCUGUAUGGCGUACGUGUCAGCGGAUGAGAGGAAAAUCAUGCUGCAGUUCCAGGAGCUGUCUCUCCGCUUCUCCCAGGCCUCCGAGUGCCUCAAGACUGGGAACAGGCGAGCCUUUGCCAAGGAGCUGCAGAGGAAGCUGCGUGACCUGGAGUACACCCGGUCCGUGCUGCAGAAGGAGGAGGGCCUGCAGAGGGAGGCGGGGCCUCAGGGCAUCUACUCCGCCCAUGCUGUGGAGAAAGCCAACGAGCUCGCAAAUGUGGAAAAGAGCAUUUUUGAACACAGAGACCUGCUGAGGCAGAUCAGCUCCUACCCUCGCCGUCCGCGGCGGGAUCCCCACGCUGUCACCUGCCCAAAAUGUAUGACUGAGUGCCUCAGUGAAUAUGAGGAGCUGUUAGACAAAUAUGCCACAUUCGCCAGCCCCUUGAAUUACACUGAAAAGGGAGAGAGGAGGGAGGAGGGAGAGGGUCAGACCUGCGAGGAAGGAGGUGAAGAGGAAGAUGAUGAUGAGGAGGGUGUUAAACGCAGGCCGUCCUACAUCCCCCAGCUGAUCAAAGCGAAGUCCGCCAAGUGUUUUGACAAGCGUCUUAAGACCCUCCAGGAGCUGUGCGACGAGACUUACUACACGGCCACCGUGGAGCUGCUGAAGGAGACGGAGAGAAGUUUCCGGGGGGACCUGUGCUACCUGCACACGCGCAGGCUGGAUGGGGCGCUCCGCAGGAAACAGAAGGUCACCAACUUCCUGUUUGAGGAGGACCUCGGAGAGGACGAUGAGGAAGACGGGGGAACACUAAGACCUUUCUGUGCUGUCAACCAUGCUGUGGACAACAGUACACUGACACACCCUCCCCCUAUCGUGCUGUGUCCUGAGCCUCUGGAGCUGGAUGCCCUGGAGCCUCUGGAUCCUUUGGAACCAGUGUCUGAGACCAGCCACACCCUGGAGAGUGAGCUCGGGCCUGGGGAAAGCCAGCUGGAGUCUUCGCCCUCUGACCAGACCCUGGAGACCCAGGAGAGUUCAGAGGCGACUAAAGGCAGCUUCAGCAGUGAGAAGAGCAUGGAGGGACACGCGGACGGAGAGCAGAGUUUAGCAAGUAUGAGGUCAGAACCGCCUGAUCCUGACCCCGACUUGACCCCUGACCCUGAACACAACACGGACCUAGAGAGAGAGAGCAGCAGUGAAGAAGUCGAAACCACUGCUGGUGAAGAUGAGGCCGACACCGGAGGAGAUCAGACUCCUGUUUCUCUGCUGGAGGGGGCGUCAGAGCUGGAGGACGGCAAACAGGAGGAGUGUGAGGGACAGAGGGAGAGUGGGCGUGAGGGUGUAACGGAGGAGGUUUGUGAGACCGAGCCUGAGCUGCUCGUUCAGAUAGACACGGCGUGCUGCAUGGCCCAGGACGGCUUCCUUUACGAGGCCUCUGUCCCAGACUCGGUGCCUGAUGUGGGCCACAGCUCCCACCCACAGCCGCCUCACUCCCUGGUGGUCAACCAGGAGCCCCAGGCCUUACUGCCACUCCAGGGGGACUAUGCUGUGGGUUCCCCCCACUCUGAGAGCCCCACACCUGGGCUGGAACUGCCAGUGGGGCCCCCUGGAGACACCGUUUCCCGAUGUUCAGCAGAGGAUGGCUCAGACUGUACCAUGAGCGCCUCAACAGGGUCCGAUCGGGCUGCGUCUCCUCUUGGCUAUGGAGGGGUGGUGACCCUGCGUCAGAGGAAGAAGGCCGGGCAGGGAGCCUUGAGAUUUGUGCGGCAGUACCCCUUCGCUCUGCAGGCCCUGUGGUGCCUGCUAAGCGGCAGGACCCUGGUGGUGCUCGGGGCCGAUGAGGGGAGGGUCCGCCGGCUGGUUGCCGCUCUAGCCCUCUUCGUGCCUGGACCCGGGAGGUGUGGCGAGAGGGUUCAAGCUUGGCUGUCCUGUCCCUUCACCCUCACUGACCUGCAAAGGUGGAAGCUCAUUGGAUUGCAAAGAGUGGCGUCCCCCGUGGGCUCCAGCAUGCUUUACUCGCUGUCCCGCUACAGUCGCUACAUUGCCAUCCUGGACACCGACCAGAAGACCCUGCGCUGCCCCCCCUACCGCGGCCAGCUCCUCGCUAACAUCGCCGACCACCGCACCUACAUCCGCCGCGGCUCCACCUACUUCCUGCACGUACAGAGCACGCUCAGUAGCCUGGCCGCCAAGGCCUUCCUGUUCACCUUCACCCACCACCUCCACAUGCCGGUCACCUCCACGGAAGGGCCCGAGGGCUUGGAGGCCAGGCGCCGCAGCUUCCUGCAGGAGCAGCUGGGCCUCAGGGAGGAGGACAGCCAGAUACUGCUCUACCUCAGCCAGCUCAUCACUCAGCAGUACCUACAGCCUGCCACCGGGGGCAGCGCAGCAGCACCUUGUUUCAGUUUUAACUACACCACCAGCUUUUUAUACAAGAUCUAAUAUGAUACAGAGAGGAAGAGCGGGGAGGAACUGGGCCCAGAUUCCCUAGAGCAUUUUAGCAGAGACUGUCUUCUUCCUCUGGGUUUUUAACAGACCGAAGGCGAUCAUAAUACAAAUAUUAUUUUAACUUCAGGACAAACUCAGCAGUGGUUAUUAUUUUAUCUGUAUAAUCUCUUUCUGCCUUGCUCUCUCUCUCUCUCUCUCUUUCUCUCUUUCUCUGGUCUUGCCUUUUCCCAUCUACAGAGGGAAAAGAAGACAGAGUGAGAAAUGAAUGUCAGCGAGUGGUUUACUUGUGUGUAUUUGGUCCCGAGCAUGUUCAGACGCUCAAAUACACACACACACACACACACACAUAUUGUUGACCAGACCCAGAACCAACUCAGGUCGGGUCUCAUUAUUCUCUCUCAAGUCAUUUGUGUGCUUUUCCCUUCCGUGGGAAUGAUGUUACUCACACUGACUCAUUCAAACACCCCCCCCCUCCUCCUCCUCCUCCUCUACAUUUCAUCCUACUGACCUCAAGCCGACAUGGCUAAGUGUGUUAAAGGGCUGCUCUAACCUCAGCCAGCGGCCAACUGGUCGAAUUGCGGCCCAUGUUGAAACAUCCACAAAUCACUGACUAAUUUGUCCACUAUGUCGAGUAGUUCCAUCGUCAUGUUUUCAUGAUUGCUGUACCGGACAGAUGUAUGCUGAAAUCAUCAGUCUGCUGGAGUCAGAAGCUUCUCUAAAUCUGCCCGUGAAAUCUGAUCUCAAGCAGGAAAAGGAUUUUUGUGUAGGCUUGUUACAGCUGGUCUUGUGACUCGCCUGUAUUUUUAAGAACAACAAGUUACCACAAUAACAUUCUAAGGACAAAAUCUGUAUGACUAUCCUUUUUUUUUUUAUUAUUAUUAUUAUUAUUUCUGUAUUUCACUCACCCACACUUUAUUUUCCCUGUCAUCUGUUUCCUUUCUCUCACUUUCUAGUGUUGGUAUGUGGAUGAAGUGUAACAUUCCUGCAGUAAUGGAUGACUGUCAGUAUUUUUCUAAAUAGAGACGUGGUGUUGGGUAGUUUUGACUUCUGAGAGCCUCUGAGUAUAUAUACAGUGCAUUCCCAGAGGCGGCCUCAGGUUGUGGUGGUGAUGCAUGAGAAAAGUGUGUUUGCUGCGUGGAUUAGUCCCAGUCGGCUCUGUGUGAUAUUGCAUGUCCAGAGAAAUAUGUCCUCACACAUGUACACAUACUCGCGCGUCGGCCGGUGGCUGCCAAAAAAAACUGUCAAUAUUAACCGCUGGCGAAGCAUCCUCACG